AUGGGUCGCAAAGACAAAAGCCAUAAAUUGAAGUCAAAAUUGAAUUCAAGUCAUAACAGUAACAGUAAUUACAGUCGAAAUAACGAUGAGUUUAACGAUAAUAACGCCGAAGACAACGGAGACGCUGGAGGUGAGGAGCGCCUGUCUAACAGUAAUUACAGUCGAAAUAACGAUGAGUUUAACGAUAAUAACGCCGAAGACAACGGAGACGCUGGAGCCAUAAUCCCGGAGUCGGCCAGUCGUACGAUAGCGGAAGGGGUUCGCGAGGAUGAGUUCGGCGCCAAAGACUACACCAAUGAUGUGAGUCUUCGCGACGACUUCAUGUCCCGUCCCCUUUGGGUGGCACCGGACGGACACAUAUUUCUGGAGACCUUCUCUCCGGUCUACAAACACGCGCACGACUUCCUCAUAGCCAUCGCUGAGCCGGUCUCCCGUCCCGAACACAUCCACGAGUAUAAACUGACGGCAUAUUCACUGUACGCCGCCGUCUCUGUCGGCCUUCAGACCAAAGACAUCAUUGAAUAC